CAGCGUGAAGCCCCUGCUGCCCAGCAGGGGGCGCUAGUUCAGUCACUGGUUCUCUAACGGCGGUGAAGCGGAGAAGCAGCACAGUUGGCGGAGGUCGCUGCUGAAGUGCGGAGAAAGAGGAGCUGCGCUAUUCAGAAAUUUUCAUUCUAGUGUCCAUGAGGUGAUGCCACCAGACGAACUCGUCAGACUGCUGCAAUCAGAAGAGACUGCAGAGAAGCCGUAUAGUUGCCCAGAAUGUGGGAAGUGUUUUAAACAGGAGAAUCAUCUGAAAUCCCACCAGCGCACUCACGCUGUGGAGAAGUCGUUCCAGUGCUCAGAGUGUGGAAGGACGUUUAAUCGACAUAGUAAUCUCCAAGUGCACCAGCGCAUUCACACAGGAGAGAAGCCGUUUCAGUGCACGGAGUGUGAAAAGAGUUUUAUUGAUCGAGGAACCCUGACAAAACACCAGCGCAUCCAUACAGGAGAGAGGCCGUUUGACUGCUCGCUGUGUGGGAAGUGCUUCAGAGACAACGAUACUCUCAAAAAACACCACAUUACUCAUACAGGAGAGAAGUCCUAUUACUGUUCGUGCUGUGGAAGGAGUUUUAGUAGGUACAGCAAUCUCCAGCUACACCAGCGCACUCACACCGGAGAGAAGCCCUAUGUCUGCUCAGACUGUGGGAAGUGUUUUAAUCAGCAGACGAACUUACAAAUCCACCAGCGCAUUCACACCGGAGAGAAGCCGUAUCUCUGCUCAGAGUGUGGGAAGAGAUUUAGCGACAGCAGUCAUCUAAAAAAGCAUCAGAUCGUUCACACUGGAGAGAAGCCGUAUCAGUGCUUACAGUGUGGGAAGAGUUUUACUCAGCAGAGUAACCUCCAUACACACCAGCGGGUUCACACUGGAGAGAACCCAUAUUGCUGCUCAGACUGUGGGAAGAGUUUUACUCGACAGAGCGGCCUCCAACGACACCAGCGUGUUCACACAGGAGAGAAGCCGUUUCAGUGCACAGAGUGUGAAAAGAGUUUUAUCGACAGAGACACUCUGAAGAAACACCAGCGUGUUCAUACAGGAGAGAAGCCGUUUCACUGCUCGGAGUGUGGAAAGCGCUUUAGUGACAGUGGUAACCUCAAAAAGCACCAAAUCAUCCACACAGGAGAGAAGGCCUACUGCUGUUCAUACUGCGGAAGGAGUUUUGGUAGAUACAACCAUCUCCAGCAACACCUGCACACUCACACAACAGAGAAGGCGUAUGUCUGCUCAGACUGCGGGAAGAGUUUUAGUCAGCAAAAUAACCUAGAAAGACAUCAGCGCAUCCACACAGGAGAGAAACCGUAUCCGUGCUCGGAGUGUGGAAAGAGAUUUAAUUAUCAGAGAAGUCUCCAGCUCCACCAGCGCAGUCACACAGGAGACAAGCCGUAUUACUGCUUAGAGUGUGGGAUGACUUUCAGUCGGCUGGGUAUUCUUCAACAGCACCAGCGGAUUCACACGGGAGAGAGGCCGUAUCACUGCUCAGACUGUGGGAAGACUUUCAAUAACCUGAGUAAUUUUCGAAUACAUGAACGCAUUCACAAAGGAGAGAGGCCGUAUCUCUGCUCGGAGUGUGGGAAGAGUUUUACUCAGCAGUACAAUUUCCAACAACACCAGCGAGUUCACACCGGAGAGAGGCCGUAUCGCUGCUCCGAGUGUGGAAAGAGCUUUAGACAGUGUAAUACCUUAAAGACACACAAGUGCGCUAAGAGGGAGGAGAGUAAUUCUAUAACUGUGGUCCUCGAACCUGAUGACAGUGAAGAAGCAGAAGAAGCACACUCUGACCAGCUAGGGCUGGGCGAUAUGGCACACAUAUAAUAUCUCAAUAUUUAUAUCGACGUUUUCACAAUAUGUGUCUUUUUUUUCUGAGGUUUGUUAAGUUGGAACAGACACGAAGCACCAAUAAUGCCACAUUUAAUAACUAUAAAUAAAACUAUACCAAAUAUUAUUUUUAACUAUUACUUUUAUUCAGUGUUUCACAUUCUGGAUUCAGUGCGGUGCAACUAAGCUGCAUUAAUUAUACUGUUAUUUAUUGUGAAAUAGUGACUAUCCAUCCAUGUUUUUCAAGCAUAAUGUCAUAAUUUACAUCACGGUAAUAUUAAAUAUCAUCAUAUUGCCUACCCUUUGAAACAGUACACGCUUUCUCAUGCCUUGACCUUAAGGCUGCUUUCAUGAAGACAUUUUGAUAUUUGGUUUUUAAAGCAAAAAAUACAGAUAUGAGAGUAUAAAUACACCGGAUGCUGUCUUCACAGAUCUGUAGGCCCAACCCCAUUUCAUGCCUUACCCCUACCACUUAACACUACCCCUCAGUUUUGCGUGUUCAUGCCUAGGGGUAGGGUGUCCCAAUUUUUGUUGAGAUAGAGGGGUAGGGUGCAGUGUUAGGGCUACAUGGCCCCCCAAAUGGAGGUUUUGCAGUGGCACAAAGUGUAAUAAAAAUAAAUAAAUAAAUAAAAAUCCGGCAAGGUGGCUGUACAUGGGACUAAAGAAAUGUAAGAAUUUCUCAAAUUAAAACAAAUUGAUAACCAUUGUAUUAUUUUAGAUCAGUGUCACUUCAAUGUAUUAUGAUCCUUCAUAACAAGCAUAAACAAUGGCUAGUAGUACGCUGAGGUCUAAGUAACUAGCUAACUAAGUUUCCCUAUUGGGAAAUGGGAAAUUUUGAACAAGAAGCUGGCGAAUUGCUGACUUCAGCUACGUAUCACCAAAGAAUUAAUUAUUCAAUAAUUGUCCAUCCCCUCUCUUUGAAGGCAUAUGAUUCCCUAAAUUUAACUAAAGACCUGCAGUGAGGAGCUGAACUUUACCCUCCUCUGCUAUCACUGCAGACUGGCAGGGUCACCUACAGAGCAGCGCUAGUAGCCAGUUAAUGAAUAAAUGUUUUUAUUUCAGGACUUUCUCAUUUUGUAGAAGAUAAUUUCAGCUACAAUCCCUUGUAACUCAGUUCCAAGGUGACACUUGAAAGCAAGGGGUAGGAGUAAAAGUAAGAAAUGGGGUUGGGCCUUAGAGUUGGACUGUCCAGCUCAAGAUGUGAUUAGUUUCUCCUCCGUCUUGUUCAGCAUUGUAGUCACAAGGACAAACGCCCUGCUGCCUCCUUUUGCUGACACGUCAAAAGUUCAACUUUUUCGAAGGACAAUGUCGAGUAAUUUUCUCACAUUAUCAUGUUUGUAUCUGUUGUCUGUGAACAUGUUGUUCUUAGUGAGAUGGAGAGAUGUUCACUUCUUUGGAAGUAGAAAACAAAAUACAAAAGCCAUCAAAGAAGCAGCUUUCAUUCUGCCUUGGGUCCAUAUCGGAUGUGCAUAUGCCUCUAUUUGAAUGUGACGAUACUGAUAUAAUCCAAAGAUGUAAAAUACUCACCUGCCUCCUUUAUGAUGGUGAAUAAAUGGCCUCAUAUGAA